AUGGCGACGAAGCCCGUCCACCCGGUGGUCGCAAAUCUGGGCAGGAAUCUGUUCAUCUAUAACAACAUCCAGACCAAGCAGGUCGUGUACUCGUUAACGAGAUCGUUAAAGAACAAUAAAAUGCUCAAACAAAUCACCUUCGUCGGCAAAAAGUCCGUCCCCGCCGCCCUGCGCAAAGACGUGUGGACACCGCUCCUCUCCGUCUCCUUCCCCUUCCCCGCGGUGGGUCUCAAAACGUUCAAGAAGCUGCGCGAGUUCAAGAAGCUGCACGAGACGGCGUACCCGCGCGAGCUCGUGGCCGGAAAGACAAAGAAGGAGAAGAAGAAGAUCCUCAUGGACCAGAAGGCCAACUCCAUCGCCGACCUGGCCGCCUCGCUCGAGUGGGAGAUUGCAAAGGCCAACCGCGAGCACGACGAGAUGGCGGGCAAGAAGGACCAGCCGCCGAGGAUUGGCAGGGAUGAGGUUGUCGUGAGGUGGCAGGAUAUCUAUGAUGCGCAGUAUGCGAGGGAUUGGCCGGAGCUAGUAGUGCAUGAGGUAGCAGAGAGAGCGAGGCAUACGGCGCCGAAGGCUGUGGAGGAGAAGGGGGUGCAGGAGGGGAAGAGGGAGGUUGAGGUUCUGGCGGCAUAA